AUGUUCUUACUAGCUGGCUGCUUCUUUAAUCCACAAUUUCGCCAACCCGCACUCUUUGAUAGAAUGCACUACCUCCACCACCACCACCACUCGGAGGUGUACUUUUUUUUUUGUUGUUGUUUUCUUUCUCCGUCGAAUAAUUUUUCACGUCAGACAAAAACCCCAGUUUUACCACCAACAACUCCGUCAACCACUACCACCACAACAAUAAUAACCACCAAACAAUCCAUGUAUAAAUCAUUUGCAUCAAAAUGGGUUAUUCAAGUCUCAUUGACUUUACUUAAUCUUGUUGGAUUGUUAAUCUUUCUCCGAGGGUUCUUCCCAUCAAAGAUUGUUCUUCCAGGGUUUAGUACAUUUGAAGAUGCAACCAAAUCACCAUUCUUGAAUCCUGUUAAUAAUAAACCUCAUUUUAAUAAAUUCAUAUUGAUGGUUGUUGAUGCCAUGAGAUCAGAUUUUUGCUUUAGUGAAGAUUCAAGCUUUGAUUUCUUACAUCAACUCAUUAAUCAAGGACAUGCCUUGCCAUUUACAGCUUAUUCAAACCCACCAACAGUCACUUUACCACGUUUGAAAGGAAUCACGACCGGUGGAACUCCAAAUUUUUUAGAUGCAAUUUUAAAUAUUGCUGAUGAUAAAGAUGAUUCACAAGGAUUGUUCAAUCAGGAUUCAUGGGUUUAUCAAUUUAAACAAUCACAUAAUAGAUCAAUAAAUUUCUUUGGUGAUGAUACUUGGUUGAAAUUAUUCCCAGGGGAAUUUGAUGAAUUUGAAGGAACUACUUCGUUUUUUGUAAGUGAUUUCACUGAAGUUGACAAUAAUGUGACUCGUCAUUUGGACCAACAAUUAAGCUCGGAUGCCAACUGGGAUGGGUUAAUUUUACAUUAUUUGGGAUUGGACCAUAUUGGACAUAAAGGAGGACCGGGAUCUGUUUAUAUGAAAGCAAAACAAAGUGAAAUGGAUAUCAUAUUACAAAGAUUAUAUAAAUAUACUACUAAAAAUGAUGAUACUUUAAUUGUUCUUUUGGGUGACCAUGGUAUGAAUGAAAUUGGAAACCAUGGUGGAUCAUCAGUUGGUGAAACAUCUGCUGGGCUUUCAUUAAUUUCUCCUAAAUUUAGUCAUAAGAACACUGCUCCUUUACCAAAUGAUGAAGAAUAUUCAUACUACCAUAAAAUCAAUCAAAUAGAUUUGGUUCCAACACUCGCAAGUUUGUUGAAUUUCCCAAUACCGAAAAACUCUCUUGGUGUGGUAUCAAAAGAGAUUUUAGAAAUCUGGCCAGAAACAAAUAGACGUUCUAUAAUAUUAGAAAAUGCUCGUCAAAUUAUGGACUUGUACCAAGCCAAACAUGGUCAAAAAGGGGAAGUAUGGGAAAAAUGGGAAGAUUUAUUAUCUAGUCAACAAUCUUUAGAUGAUUAUUAUGACUUUUUAUACAAUGUUCAACAGGACAUGGCUUCUUCUGCUACUGAUUAUGGAUACAAGGAUAUUUAUGCUGGUGCAGGUAUAUUAUUGAUUACGUCGAUUUCAGUGAUUGUCUUGUUCAACAAAUACUUUUACUCGAUCCCAGGAAUGAAUAUCCCGUUGGUUAUUUUCUACCAAUUAUUUGUUAUAUUAUAUUCAUUACAUUUUCAUGGAUCCUCUUUAAUUGAGGAAGAACAUCAAAUAUGGUACUUUUUCACUACCGCAACAUUUUUAUUCUUAGGUAUUACCGUCUUUGACGUCUUUUCAAAAUUUUCAACGUUAUUUCAUUAUGGUUUGUUAUUUGCAUGUAUAAGAAUUCUUAAAGCAUGGAAUAACAGUGGUCAAAAAUACUCAUCCAAGUUUAACAUUGCAUAUUAUUUAUUACACACCAAUCCUAACUUGAUGUGGUUUUUUAUUAUAUUUACAUAUGCCAUUGUUGCGCUUGCAAUGUAUACACAAGGUGGAUUCGGAUCUACAUUUGCUCUUUCAUCAGCUAAUAAUAUUCCUGAUGCUAGGGAUGCAGGUGCUUUAAUUUCAUUUAUUGUUGUUUUUGUCGUUACUUCAGUUUCAUUCCUGUUUAAAUUGUUACAACACUUUAUGGAUGGAAACUCCGUUCCUAAAUGGCUCAAUUGGAUGCUAUUAUGGGUAUUAGAUAGCUAUGAUGUCCAUCUUGAAGAUGCCAGCAUUGGUGAUAAUAAUGAAUUGAAAUUUCAAUUACAAAACGUCAGUAUUCAAUUAUCAAGAUUUACAGUAUAUGUUCUUUUGGGUUUAUUUGUUCUUCGUUUAAUUGUUGGAAAAUUCAGAAAAGUCAAGUUUGGUACUUUGACAGAUAUAACCAAUAUUUUCACUAUUUAUCUUUUAAAUCAAACUAGACAGGAGAAUAUUCCUUUAUUUUUGGUAUUAUUUCUUGCAAAAUUUGUCAUUGCUAAAAUAAUGUAUCAAAAGACUACACGCAUAGAUCAAUUUAUUUUAUCUACAUCCUUGUUGGUUCUUUGUUUUCAAAAUUUAACAUUCUUUAGUAUGGGUAAUACCAAUCUGUUGGCUACUGUUGAUUUAUCCAAUGCAUAUAACGGUGUCAAGUCAUAUGAUGUGAUUAUUGUUGGUUUACUCACAUUCAUUUCUAACUUUGCAGGCCCAAUUUUUUGGUCUUUAUCAAAUUUGCAAUUACUUUUUGAACCAAGCCUUUUAUGCUUUAAAGGUCCAGCAACUUCAGAUUUGAUUCAUUUCAAAGGAUUGAAAAAGUCUAUAUUGUUGAUUAAAGGAUUGAUUACCUUAUUUUUCUAUGCUAUUUCAGCAGUUAACUUGGUUGGAUCUUGUAUUAAUUUGAGAUUUCAUUUAUUCAUAUGGACUGUAUUCUCUCCAAAAUUACUUUUCUUUGGAAGUUGGGUUGUAUUUAUAAACAUAGUUGUUGAUCUCAUAGUCGCAACGAUAGUAUUAUAUAUUUAA